UGUGGAUUUUCUCCCGCCUUCCUCCGUAUCUUCGACGCGCCACUCACUACAGCCGAGGCGUCCGCUUAAGUCACAGGCCAAGACAAGGCGUUCCUACAGUACACCUCCACGUCGCAGGCACCGAACAGUUCAACAUGUGGUCCGAUUGGGGAAAGAUGUCCAUUUCACAAUUCCGAAUGAAGAAAUUCAUGUACCUGUUUAACGUAUUUUUCGAUAGAAAUAAGAGCGGGGCUAUUGACAAGAAAGACUUCGACAUCGCUGCAGAGAAAGUCUGCACCGUGAGAGGAUGGAAAGAAGGAGACCCACAGUAUGAGAAGACCAAGGCGGUCCUGGGCAACGUAUGGGUGGGUCUCAAGGAGAAAGCCGACAAAGACAACGAUGGACAGGUGACCUGUGAAGAGUGGUGCAAAAUGUGGGAGGAGUACUGCAGGGACCCCACCUCUGUCUUGGACUGGCAAAAUCAGUUCCGAGACUUCAUGUUCGACCUCGAAGACACAUCAGGGGAUGGAACGAUAGAUGAGGAAGAAUUCACCAUGAUCUGUGCCAGCUACAACAUAACCCCUGAGGAGUCAAAAGAUGCAUUCAGCAAGUUUACAGCUAACGGAACCAUUGAGAUCGACAGGGCAAAGUUCGGAGAACUUUGGAACGAGUACCUGACAUCAGAAGACACGUCAGCACCAGGCAACUUCAUAUUUGGGGUGACUAAAUUUGAAUAGGCUGAUAGACUGGACCACAUCUAAAGAGAUACCGUACAUAGCUUGUAAGUCUUUCCAAAACUGGGAUAGAUAAGAUGGCAACGUGGGAUAAGACUGUCAGUGUAUUAGGGAAGCACAGAUCGAGACACGUUGGAGUGGGCCAUUCAAUGUUGAAAUGGAUAAGUAUUCAAUCGGUAAAAAUUUAAUUUUCCAUUAUUAAGUUUUGUUAUUAUUCUUAGGCUUUACUUUGCGAACCGGGAAGCUGUAAAUUUUCCAACGACUCAUAAUACAUUUCUUUUCGAUUUUCGCAAAUCAAAGCUAACGAAUAAUGAUACUUUCCUUAAAAAAUUCGCUUUCUUUCGUGAAUGUUGAUUUAUGCUGUGUUUGCAUUGUUUAUUGCUUUUUAUGAUUGUUUAUCUAGAUAUAAGUUUUCUAUGGUAAUCGCCUUCACUUACUAUAAAUACUCUCAUUCCCUCAAAUCACAUCCUUAUCACCUUCCAUUAGUGCUUAUUGUUGUUAUAUGUGUAAUUUAAGUGGAUAUAUUUGUUAAAUAAUCAACCAUUCUUAAUUUAAGCUGUCGAUACACUUACCAAUAACAUCACGAUUCACUGAAAUUUGAUAAAAUAUGUUAUACUGCUGUUGACUAGUCUUCAAGGGUUACUGGUGAAAUAGCUAAACUUACUGUGUUCAUUGUAUGGAACUAUUCAUAAAUAUAUUGGCCAGACUA